AUGCCUCAUCAUGCCCGCUCCAGCCAGGCGGAGGUGCCUUCUGUGACCAGCUUCGGGCAGGUGAUCGAGUACAUUCAAGACCGUCUGUACCUCGCAUCUUACACCCACGCCCCAGACGAGAACACGCCGUUCCCAUACCCGGCGAAGCAGAGCAGCCGCUCGCCGAAUAAGCGAUCAUCGCGAGCGCAAGCUGGACCACAGAGCGUACCGACCACUCCAUCCGCGCCACCUUUCUACUUCUCCAUCGACCGCAGCCUCCUCUACAAUGCCUUCCACGCAGACUUUGGUCCGCUUCACAUUGGCCACCUGUACCGGUUCGCAGUACAGCUGCACGAGGUGCUUGGUCACCCAGACAACGAGAAUCGGGCAGUAGUGUUCUGGAGCAGCGCAGACUCGAGAAGCCGAGCGAAUGCAGCCUGCAUUCUUGCCACCUAUAUGGUCCUGAUCCAGAACUGGCCACCGCAUCUUGCGCUUGCACCGAUCGCACAGAUGGACCCACCGUGCAUGCCAUUCCGCGAUGCCGGCUACAGUCAAGCAGACUACUCCCUCACCAUCCAGGAUGUUGUUUAUGGUGUCUGGAAGGCGAAAGAGGAAGGCCUGGUGGGACUUAAGGAGUUCAGCCUGGAAGAGUACGAGAAGUACGAGCGCGUGGACAUGGGCGACUUCAACUGGGUGUCGCCAGACUUCCUGGCGUUUGCAUCGCCACAACACCAACCUACACACAUUAUUCCGCCGUCCGAUCCUGCAUACGCGCAGCUCCCACGAUCGAUCUCGGCCGUGCAACGCGACAAGAGUCUCCCAACCCCGUUCAAGAACGUACUUGUGCACUUUGCCGAACGCAGCAUCGGCCUGGUAGUGCGACUAAACUCGGAGCUUUACUCGCCCAGCUACUUUACCGCGCUCGGUAUCAAGCACUUGGACAUGAUCUUCGACGACGGCACAUGUCCACCUCUGAACCUGGUCAAGAAGUUUGUCAACUUGGCGCACUCGACAAUCAACGACAAACACAAGGGAAUCGCGGUACACUGCAAGGCUGGACUAGGCCGCACCGGAUGCCUCAUUGGCGCCUACCUUGUCUACCGAUAUGGCUUCACAGCAAAUGAGGUGAUUGCUUUCAUGCGCUUCAUGAGGCCAGGAAUGGUUGUGGGCCCUCAACAGCAUUGGCUACAUCUGAAUCAGGGCACCUUCCGGGAGUGGUGGUUCGAAGACACUAUGCGGGAGAAGAUCAUGGCCACUGUGCAGCCCGCAACACCAACCAGGUUGCAGCAGUCUAGUAGCCGACGACUCGCCAGCAAUGGCCAGACAUUCACGCCUCCUAACGGUGACCGCCAUGCUGUCAGUCCUCGGCGAGCACUGGGUGAAAUUACUAACAACGAAGGCGCGCCCACUUCGAACUCUUACGCCGAUGACCUGAAGGGCAGCUUGGGUGUUGCUGAUGAGAAUCUGCCAGCGCCAACUCCGGGACAACCAAGAAAGACGAACAAGGUCUAUGGAGGUAGGGGGAUCAUGACCGAAAAUCAGCCUUUCGCGGCCAAAGUCGAUGCUGAGGUUGUGAGCGCACAACGAACAGAGAGUGAGGAUGAGCGCGCUCUGCGAAUGCUUGGGCGCAAGGCCAGUCAGUCGCCAGUAAGCCGCAGCGGCAAGAGGAGGGCAGUCUCUUGCACUACGACCACCACCACAACCACGAAGUGGGACGUUCCGACCGAUGGGAGUGACUCAGAGAAUCGACCUGAGACGGUGGAUGAGAACGACAUGCCGACCAACGACCGCAUGGCGAGCCGAACCCGACCACCGCGAACACCGAGCGCAAAGAGCGGCAAUGGCAUUGGCGCGCUUAGUGUCGGCAAGCGGUCGUCGCCAGUUCGUCGCAGCACAGAGGGCAAGACCAGCGUGCGCAAAACCAGCGGUCGGGUCGGCAGCGUUGGCACUCAGGGCGUUCGGGCGCACAAGAGUUCCUAG